CACAGACUAAAACACAUUUUAUGGAAGGCGACUGAUGCAAAAGUUCAUUUCACCGCUUCAAACCUAAGCAUCUGUAGCUGUUUUUCUGAUGCUUGACUUUUUUGAGUCUCUAGAUUAAUCCUGGCUGAAUCAUGUCAGAGACCAUACUGGAAGAAAUCUUCAUUAAACGAUCCCAGCAGAAGAAGAAGACAUCGCCUCUGAACUACAAGGAGAGAUUGUUUGUUCUCAACCAGGAGAAAGUAGUCUACUAUGAUUUUGAUUCUGACAAAGGGAAGCGAAAAGGUAUGAAAGGAUCAGUGGACCUCGAGAAGAUCAAGUGUGUAGAGACGGUCCAAUCAGAGCCCAAUACACCGCAAGAGCGCCUGUUUGCUUUCCAGAUCAUUUAUGAUGAGGGACCGCUGUACGUUUUUGCUAAAAGUGAAGAUAUUCGGGCUCAGUGGAUAAAAAAGCUGAAAGAAAUGGUGCGCUUCAACAAGGAUGUCAUGCAGAAGUACCAUCCUUGUUUCUGGUUGGACGGGGUGUGGCUGUGCUGCAAGCAGGAAGUAAAACAAGCUAUGGGCUGCAAAGUGCUGGAUAGUAAGAACGGCUUUUCAUCUAAUGCAUCUCGGCGAAGGGGAUCCAGGAAACCUCUUCCUCCAACCCCAACGGAGGAGAAGUCUGUACGACCAUUACCACAGCCUCCUGAGACUCCCUCCCCCUCAGUGGGCAUGACUGUCAUUGCAGAGUAUAACUUCACACCUGUGACAUCCCAAGACCUGGAGCUGAGGAAGGAUGAAGAGUACACCAUCCUGGAGAUGUCUGAUCAGAACUGGUGGAAAGCAAGAGACAAAUAUGGAAAAGAAGGAUAUAUACCUUGUAAUUAUGUUGUGGAAGCCGAAAAUGGGAUGGAAAGAUUUGACUGGUAUUCCAAGAAUAUGAAUCGUAGCCAGGCAGAAAACCUGUUAAAGACUGAGAACAAAGACGGAGGCUUCCUGGUACGGGACUCAAGCAAGGCCGGGAAAUACACCGUGUCUUUGUUCACUAAGAGUGGCGGGGAAACAGGUGGAUGCUGCAGACAUUACAACAUCUGCACCACUGCCGAGGGCCAGUUCUACCUGGCAGAGAGGCAUUUUUUCAGCACCAUCCCAGAGCUCAUCAACUACCACCAGCACAAUGCAGCAGGUAUGGUUAGCAGGCUGAAAUACAUUGUAUCCAACCGGGCGCUGCCUCCAUCAACAGCAGGACUUGGCUAUGGUGUGUGGGAGAUUGAUCCCCAUAACCUCACCUUCAUCAAGGAGCUGGGCUCCGGUCAGUUUGGAGUGGUGAAGUAUGGAAAGUGGCAGGGCCAGCAUGACGUUGCCAUUAAGAUGAUUAAAGAAGGCUCCAUGUCUGAAGAUGAUUUCAUAGAAGAAGCCAAAAUCAUGAUGAAGCUACGGCAUGAAAACCUGGUACAGCUGUAUGGCGUGUGCACCAAACAAAGACCCAUUUAUAUAGUGACUGAGUUCCUUUCUAAUGGCUGCCUGCUGACGUACCUCAGGGAGGGCCUGAUGCAGCACCCCACUGCUGUGCAGCUCCUGGAGAUGUGUAAAGACAUCUCCGAAGGCAUGGCCUAUCUGGAGUCACAGCAGUACAUCCACAGAGACCUGGCUGCCAGAAACUGUUUAGUGGAUGGGAAUGGCUCCAUCAAAGUGACUGACUUUGGACUGUCAAGGUAUGUCUUAGAUGAUGAGUACACAAGCUCAGCAGGAUCCAAGUUUCCUGUGCGUUGGUCGCCUCCGGAGGUCCUCCUCUACUGCAAAUUCAGCAGCAAGUCAGACAUAUGGGCAUAUGGGGUUCUUAUGUGGGAGGUGUACACUUUGGGACGACUUCCGUAUGAGCGCCUUAACAACACGGAAAUAGUGGAUCAGGUGUCCCGGGGCCUGCGCCUCUUCCGCCCCCAGCUGGCCAAUGAGAAGGUCUACAACAUUAUGACAAGCUGUUGGAUGGAUAAAGCAGAUGAAAGACCCACCUUCCAGGAGCUGGCGCUGACUGUUCAGGAUUUGCUGUACGAGCUCCAGUAGAUUUCAGAAAAGUCAAAAGACAUCAACACAAACAGACAGUUGAUCCCGCCACACCAGCAUCUCCGUCUGUCCCUGAAAACACAAGCAUUGAACCAGUUUACAGCUUGAACAUGGGACCGCACAGCCACACUGAGGUCCUCUGUAAUGUGCAUUAUGUGAAAUAUGAGUGUUGCUUUUAAUCACUGAUUACAUAAGCCUUCCUAUUACAAUACUAGAAGUACAGUCCUACUUAUAGAUGUGUAUAUUUUAUUGAAGGUGUUCUUUCUUUAUUGUACUCUGUGUAUUGUAUUCCGUGAAAUCAGUGUGAAUUGUAGACACUUCUGCAUGUGGAAACAAGAUUUGGUAGAACAUAUCUAAUUGCACAAAUAAAAGCCAAGUAUGCAGGGCUUUGAAA